UCUUCCCCAAAAACGGAGGACGACGAAAACGGCAAAACCCUUCAUUCCUUUGCCCUCCUCUCCGCGGUGGCGUCCUUCCUCUCGCAUCUCCCUCUCUAAUCCGUUCUUGCCAUGGCGAGGACGAAGCACGUCUCCAACCGAUCCGCCGGUCGCCCUCGGAAGCGUCUCCAGUUCACCGGGUCUCCCGUCGCCCGGCGGAAAGCGGCAGCUAGUGCGACCGCGACCGCGGCCGCGACCCCAUCUCGUUCUGCUCCUAAGGGCACGGAGGCCAGCUCGGAGGAUGCGGAUCAAGGGACGCAGAGGAAGACUGAGAAGCGGGGUCGCCGAUUUAGACCUGGAGUAGUGGCCCUACGAGAGAUUAGGAAGCUUCAGAAGUCGACAAAGCUGCUAAUUCCUUUUGCUCCGUUUGCCAGACUUGUUAGGGAGAUCACUGGUUUUUAUUCUAGGGAAGUAACUAGGUGGACUCCUGAUGCUAUGCUUGCACUUCAAGAGGCAGCAGAAUGCCACUUACAGGCCAUGUUUGAAGACGCAUACCUAUGUUCACUACACUCAAAGCGUGUUACUCUUAUGCAAAAAGAUAUACAGUUAGCUAGGCGCAUAGGAGGAAGGCGGCACUGGUGAUAUAGGCCAUUGAUGGAACUGUGUAUUCUUGUUUGAGCAAGUGGCGUUGUGUAGCUCUUCGAGCAGCCUUUGCUCCAAAUGAUUUCCGAUACAUUGUAAAUGUAGCUGAUGUGUAUUUGCAGGAGCACUGCAUUGAAUUCACAUACUGAAACUUCUAAUUAUCGAUUCAUCUAUCUACGAGUUAGCCAUUGAGGACUGUUGCAAGGUGAAA